CGCUCCUCUAUUUUUACGCAGGAGAUUUGAAGAAAACAAACAACAAAACAGGAGGAGCUGUGAUUGAAGCCCGAUAGAGAAAACUAGUCUAACAUCGCCGGUUUUAACAUCUUUUUAAAUUAUUCUCAGCGACAGAGACACUCGGGGACCGAGGGACCUACCAUGAUAAGGGUUGUGGAUAUUGUGCUCACUGUGCUGCUCGCCGCGUCCCUGUCGUGCCGGAGCGCCCUUGGCGGCUACGGGGUGAGCCUGUUCGCGGCGCAGACGUCUCCCCCGGACCCCUGCUACGACGAGCACGGCAACCCGCGGCGCUGCAUCCCGGACUUCGUCAACUCCGCCUUCGGGAAGGAAGUGAAGGUGUCCAGCACCUGCGGCAAAACGCCCAGCCGCUACUGCGUGGUGACAUCGGCGGAGAAAGGAGACGAGAGGACCAGGAACUGUCACACCUGCGAUGCCUCGGACCCCAAGAAGUACCAUCCUCCGGCGUACCUGACGGACCUCAACAAUCCGCACAACCUCACUUGCUGGCAGUCCGAUAACUUCAUCCAGUACCCGCAAAACGCCACCCUGACUCUGUCCCUCGGCAAGAAGUUUGAGGUCACUUAUGUGAGCCUGCAGUUCUGCUCGCCUCGACCUGAAUCCAUGGUUAUUUACAAAUCCAUGGACUACGGUAAAACGUGGGUGCCCUUUCAGUUUUACUCGACCCAGUGCAGGAAGAUGUACAACAAGCCAAACAGGGCCGUUAUCACGAAGCAGAACGAGCAGGAGGCCGUGUGCACGGACUCCCACACCGACAUGUACCCUCUGACCGGCGGGCUCAUCGCCUUCAGCACCCUGGACGGCAGACCGUCGGCGCACGACUUUGACAACUCCCCGGUGCUGCAGGACUGGGUAACAGCCACUGACAUUAAAGUCAUCUUCAGUCGGUUGCACACUUUUGGCGACGAGAACGAGGACGACUCGGAGCUGGCCCGGGAUUCGUACUUCUACGCCGUGUCGGACCUGCAGGUCGGGGGGAGAUGCAAAUGCAACGGACACGCGUCUCGGUGCGUAAAGGACCGGGAUGGGAGUCUGGUGUGUGAGUGCAAGCACAACACCGCCGGGCCGGAGUGCGACAGGUGCAAACCUUUCCACUACGACAGACCGUGGCAGAGAGCCACAGCCAGGGAGGCCAACGAGUGUGUCGCCUGUAACUGUAACCUUCACGCCCGAAGGUGUCGUUUCAACAUGGAGCUGUACAAGCUGUCGGGAAGGAAGAGCGGAGGAGUCUGCCUCAACUGUCGCCACAACACAGCUGGACGCCACUGCCACUACUGCAAGGAGGGCUACUACAGAGACCUGUCCAAACCUAUCUCACACAGGAAAGCCUGCAAAGCAUGUGAUUGCCAUCCCGUGGGUGCUGCUGGCAAAACCUGUAACCAAACCACAGGACAAUGUCCCUGUAAAGACGGCGUGACUGGUAUCACGUGCAACCGCUGUGCUAAAGGCUACCAGCAGAGCCGCUCGCCCAUUGCCCCCUGCAUAAAGAUUCCAGUUGCACCUCCGACAACCCCAUCCAGCAGUACAGAGGAGCCUUCAGAUUGUGACUCUUAUUGCAAAGCGUCUAAAGGCAAACUGAAGAUCAACAUGAAGAAGUACUGCAAGAAAGAUUACGCCGUCCAGGUGCACAUCCUGAAGGCAGACAAAGCCGGCGAGUGGUGGAAGUUCACCGUCAACAUCAUCUCCGUCUACAAGCAGGGCGAGAGCCGCAUCCGCCGCGGGGACCAGUUCCUGUGGGUCCGCGCCAAAGACGUGGCAUGCAAGUGUCCCAAGAUCAAGCCUGGGAAGAAGUACCUGCUGCUGGGGAAUGACGAGGAUUCCCCCGGUCAGAGUGGUGUGGUGGCAGACAAAGGCAGCCUGGUUAUCCAGUGGAGGGACACGUGGGCACGCAGGCUCAGGAAGUUCCAGCAGCGUGAGAAGAAAGGCAAGUGCAAGAAGCCAUAGGUGGAAAAAGACGGAGAGUAUGCCGGGGAGGGAGAGGAAUUCAAGAGAAAAGCUGAGCGGGUGAUUUAAAAAAAGAAAAAGAAAAAAAAAAAGGUGUAAGAGAGGCCGACAGAGGACCACGGACAGACAAGAGACUGUUUAUGUCGCUGCUUUUUUGUGUAGAAGCAUGAAGAGAAUUAUUUAGGAUGAUUUGUUUUUCUAGUGAACUUUGGUUGAAGGAGCUCGCUCACCUUGCAGAUUUGGUUUUAUGGUUUAUUUUACUUUGAGAUUUGUCUCUCUUGUGGAUUUGCCGGAUUUGCACCUAUUACCAGCAUAUAAAGUUAUUUGUGUCCAUUUUCUUUCUCUCAGUAUGAAAUCAUUAUAUUUUAUGUUUCAAUUUUAUGAACAUUUUCUGCUGGUGCAAAAAUGACACAGAAAAAGCCACUUAAUUACCACUGCAAUGUUGCCUCUGCAUGGUUUUCUUGUUGUAUUUGUAGCUAAGAAACGAGCUCGUUUCAUCAAAAGUCUUCACUGAUCCGAUUGAGGAAAUAACAUUUCCACUGUUAAGAAUUGUGCCAUAAAUACUAUUGUUUGCAAGCAACAUAAAUGCAUAAUACAUUUAGCUAUCAAUGAGUUGCCAACCUUUCCCCUGUUGUACACAUUCACUUAUAUCUGCAACUCAAGAAACAAGACAUCUGUAAUUCUAGAUUUGUAGCCGUCAGGACAAAUGUAGAAACAUACAAGUGACAGAAGAGAACCACGGAUAAAACACAGUAUUGACUAAAGCAUUUUUGACCUUAAGCAUAUUUUUCAGUAUUUGUAAAAACCUGCUUGCGACAACAUCUCAUUUGAGUCCGUAAUGGUCAGUUCACUUACUGGUUCUGUUAAUGGCACUCAUUUUUAAAAGACAGACUGCAUUUAAAACCUCUGAUUUUACGUUCAGUCAUUUACAGUAACUGUGAUUUUCUUUUAUUAUUUACAACUCCAGCAGGAGUUUAACAACUGACUUACAAACGGAUCAGAGGCCAGUCACAUUGAUUGUUAAAAAGAAAUACUAUAAAAAAAAAAAAAUCAAAUCUUGUUCUUUGGUAGUAGGCUAAUAGAAAUACAUAAUAUUGAAUAUGGGUUCUUAAGUGGCUACGUUUUCUUUUGUUUUAAUUCUUAACAUCUACAUUUUAGUGACAAUAUUUAAUUCUACCACACAAUGAUUGCAACAUUAUUGUUGUGCCGAUGAACGUACUGCAUGUUCUUAGAGGAUACUGACAAAGACAUGCAAAGGGUAUGUCACAAGUGAGAUUUCUGUAUGAUUUUUAAUGUAUUCCUUCACAUCAGCUCAUGAAAAAUACUUUGUACAAUGUGUCAAACUGUAUUUUUAAAAAUGUGCAUGAACUAGACAAAGGAAGAAACAUAUCCUUUUGAUUGACCUCUGCCUCUCACUGAGGUACUGCAAUGUGGCUACACACCACUACAUCUGGUACAUUGUUAUGUGGAACAAGACGUUUAAAGUGAAACAAUUCAAUUUAACUCAAUCAAAGCGGACUGUAGAAAGCUAAGAGAAUGGGCAUAAUGAAAAGAAAAUAAUGUCCUUACCUCAUGUGGUGCAGAAAUGAGUCCUAGCGCAGAGAAAAUGUAAACGUCAGUGCUCAACAAUUACUUAAAUGUAUUUUUGAAAUCCACCUCACACUGGCUUGUAUUCAUCUAGAGUAAUUCUUACAGUACUAUGAGAUUGCAGAUAAAUCCACACACUUUCGCAAACACAAUGCACGACUGUACGUUCGCUGUGCGGCCAGUCAGAAACCACAGUGUCCCAUUGACCUGUCGCGUUAAUUCUCCUCACUUCAACACUUGUGGGGGGAGGAAUGGGGUGAAUUGCAAUCACUUGACGCUGCUUGAUUCAAACCACAUUGCUCAUUUAUUUGUAUGCAGUUCGGUUUGGAUUUCUCUAAGGAAUGCGUGGUAAAAAACACAGCUCAGGUUUUGUAAAAGCCCACAGUGCAUCUGAUGUAUCAUAAACUGGAGUUCCUUUCAGUCCACCCCAAAACACUUUGAGCUAAAUGUUUCAUGUUGCUGGUAUUUGUUGUUUCACAAAAUCACUUUGAGCACCUUUUAAUCUGUACCACAGCACAAGUAACUGUAAACAAGGGGGGGUGGGGGGGGGUUUGAGAUCUUUGCAAGACACGUGGUUUUAAUCUAAUGGACUCUCUAUACUUCCUCUGUUAACAAUGGUAAUAAUUUCUGAUGUCACUAUCUCAGAAAACUACUAAUUUUGUUUGGGAAUUUUCAGAAUAGACUGAAAUGCCUCCUAGAUGACGACACAUUUAAACCAUGAGAAAUCAAAAUCACCUGGGUUCAACUGUAAGAUAAAAAGAGCAGAUUGCCCUUGUUGCUAAAGUACUUCUCAGUAUUUACAUUUAGGGUUUGAUAGAGUGUUUUUUUGUUUUGUUUUAAAUGUACAAUCAAUCAAAUGAUUGUGAUGUGAGUCCAUUAUGAUGCUCUACUGAUAACACACAUACAGUAUAUUUACAUGUUCCUGCCUUUCAUUGUUAAUCCUGCAAAAUAACAUUACAUGUCAGUGUUGUUCUGUUUGGCACAAUGUAAUCACACUUCUCCAGUCUCCGUAGCCUCAUGCUGUAAAUUUUACAUCCGUCUCCUGAGCGAUGGUUUGACAAGCUUCCUGAUGAAACGCUACACACAUACCUGUCAAAGCAAUGCUUUGUGUUCAUACUAUGAAUUGUAAAUGUUGUUUAGUUGUCACCAUUGCCAAGACUUUUUUUUUUGCAAUGUUGUUUUACAAUGCGUACUAAUAUAUUAUGGUUAUUAUAUAUGAAUAUAUUUAAUGACACAAGACAUUGUGGAUUCUAUUGUCUUUUUUUUUUUUUUUUUUACUCGUUUGUGGUUGUUUAGAUCGUUGCCAUUAAAGAAGGAAAUAAUAACUACUGAACACACCAACAUGGUAGAACUAAAUUCAGAUUUUUAGUUGAAAUAAACUCUUGUUACAUUGAAAAACCAUUUGCCUUGUUUCUAAUAAUUCUUGUUAUUAUUGUAUUUAGUUAAGU